AUGUAUUACUUUCUGGCCAGUCUGUCCCUCUUAGACAUAUUCUGCCCUUCAGCUACUAUCCCCAAGAUGCUGGACAACCUCCUGACUGGGAAUCACAGCAUUUCCUUCCUGGGCUGUGCUUUGCAGCUUUAUUUCCUGUUGGCCCUGCCGGAGACUGAGGUCUUCCUUCUCGCUGUCAUGGCUUAUGUGUCACGGUAUGUGGCCAUCUGCUUCCCCCUCCAUUACACCCUCAUCAUGACAAAGGCUCGCUGUGCCCAGCUGGCAGCAGGGUUUCUCGAUUCCCUCCUCCACACAGUGUCCACCUUCUGCCUGUUUUUCUGCAAGUCCAAUCAGGUUAACCAGUACUACUGUGACGACCUCCCACUGGUGGCCCUCUCCGGCUCAUCCACCUACAUGGCAGAAAUGUUUGUUUUAGUGGCAGGAGGUGUCUCGGGAACUGGUGCCUUCCUAACCACCUUCAUCUCUUAUAUUUACAUCAUAUCCACCAUCCUAAGAUCCAGUCGGUGGAAGGGAAGCACAAAGCCUUCUCCACAUGUGCCUCCCACCUCCUGGUGGUCUGUUUGUUUUAUGGCACAGCCAUCUUCACCUACAUUCAUCCCUCUUCAAGUCACCACUCCUCAGACAGGGACAGACUCAUCGCCAUGCUCUACGGGGUUAUCACCCCAAUGCUAA